CGCUUCUACUGUGAACCUGAGUGAAACAGCUCGUGUCAGCUGGACGGGGAAUCUGUCACCGAGAUAACCAGGUAACAGCCAGCUAACCAGGUAACAGCCAGCUAACCAGAUACCCAGGUAACAGCCAGCUAACCAGAUACCCAGCUAACCAGGUAACAUAACCCAGCUAACCAGGUAACAGCCAGCUAACCAGAUACCCAGCUAACCAGAUACCAGGUAACAGCCAGCUAACCAGGUAACAGCCAGCUAACCAGGUAACAGCCAGCUAACCAGAUACCCAGGUAACAGCCAGCUAACCAGAUACCCAGGUAACAGCCAGCUAACCAGAUACCCAGGUAACAGCCAGCUAACCAGAUACCCAGGUAACAGCCAGCUAACCAGGUAACAGCCAGCCCAGGUAACAGCCAGCUAACCAGAUACCCAGCUAACCAGGUAGCCACCAGAUACCCAGGUAACAGCCAGAUACCCAGCUAACCAGGUAGCCACCAGAUACCCAGGUAACAGCCAGCUAACCAGGUAACAGCCAGCUAACCAGAUACCCAGGUAACAGCCAGCUAACCAGAUACCCAGGUAACAGCCAGCUAACCAGAUACCCAGGUAACAGCCAGCUAACCAGGUAACAGCCAGAUACCCAGCUAACCAGGUAACAGCCAGCUAAACAGAUACCCAGGUAACAGCCAGCUAACCAGGUAACAGCCAGCUAACCAGGUAACAGCCAGCUAACCAGAUACCCAGCUAACCAGAUACCCAGGUAACCAGAUACCCAGGUAACCAGAUACCCAGGUAACCAGAUACCCAGGUAACCAGAUACCCAGGUAACCAGAUACCCAGGUAACCAGAUACCCAGGUAACCAGAUACCCAGCUAACCAGGUAACAGCCAGAUACCCAGCUAACCAGGUAACAGCCAGCUAACCAGAUACCCAGGUAACAGCCAGCUAACCAGAUACCCAGGUAACAGCCAGCUAACCAGGUAACAGCCAGCUAACCAGCUAACCAGGUAACAGCCAGCUAACCAGAUACCCAGGUAACAGCCAGAUACCCAGGUAACAGCCAGCUAACCAGAUACCCAGGUAACAGCCAGAUACCCAGGUAACAGCCAGCUAAUACCGACCCCCCCAUCACCCAGAUACCCAGCUAAUACCGACCCCCGCCAUCACCCAGAUACCCAGCUAAUACCGACCCCCAUCACCCAGAUACCCAGCUAACACCGACCGCCAUCACCCAGAUACCCAGCUAACACCGAACGCCAUCACCCAGAUACACAGCUAACACCGACCGCCAUCACCCAGAUACCCAGCUAACACCGACCGCCAUCACCCAGAUACCCAGCUAACACCGACCGCCAUCACCCAGAUACCCAGCUAACACCGACCGCCAUCACCCAGAUACCCAGCUAACACCGACCGCCAUCACCCAGAUACCCAGCUAACACCGACCCCCAUCACCCAGAUACCCAGCUAACACCGACCCCCAUCACCCAGAUACCCAGUGUAGCGGAGAUGCAAUAUUACCCAGGUUAUCUCCGCUUAUAAUCCAAGUGGGACUCAGGAACAAGUAAAUAGUAAAUCCACAGGCAAGGCUUCCAGCAGGUAAAAUACAGCAAUAUCCCAACAGCAAUCCCAAUAACUGGACGACACACAGUUUCAGGAGCAUAACUGACAAGCCUUUAAUCACAGUCUCCUUAUAAAGCAUGCUCCCAUGCAAGGGAGGGAUUUACAGUAAUUAUUACAGUAGCCAAUCCUGUCCUGGUAACCUCCCACCCAUCUCCUCCCCUCAGCCAGCAUCAUAAUCCCCUUAUCCAGCACACCAAUUCCCCCCGUUUCUGGAUGUACCCCUAAACGUAGGGGUACCUCUUUAAAUCCUACAUCCCCGGAUACCCCUGAUCUGGGUGAACAACAUAUCCAAAAAUCACCCAGAUCAGACCAGGGGUUCGGGAAAUGUAUGGAGGGAAUAAAAUGACCGACCGCACUAACUGAUAUAGCCGAAUAAGGUUCCAUGCGAAUGGGCCCUGCGGUCGGUCCUGGCAUAAGGGAACAAAAUACACGAAAGCCUCUAGCUAUAGAGGCUAGGGAGGGUUCGCCUGAAUCCCCUCGUUCGGUAUUUUCUAUCUACCGAACGAGGGGCCGUUCGGUAGUUUGGAACCGAACGGACCAGGGCUGUGGAGGUCUCAGCGGUGUUCGCCUACUCGAGUGUCCGAUUUUAGUUCCAGACACUCGACGGCAAAACACCGCUGUUCGGGAGUUUUAAAAUGGCCGCCGCCACGUGUUCGUUUGUCGAAUGGCGGCCACCCCCGAGAACAAAGGACGGCUACUUACUAUUCAAUUACCCGUUCGCAACAAUGUUGCAAUGGGUAAUUGAGGACACACUUCACACAGGGGAGGUCUGGGUGUUCGGUAGUUUCAUUCGAAUAAACUAAGGGAAUGAAACUACCGAACAACCAGAGGAAUACAAUUCUUUUUAAUACAUAGAAAAUACAGCAGAUACACGAAUGCAGGUAAAAACAGUAUAUUUGUAGGGUCGCCUGGUGCUAUCCGCUACACCCAGCUAAUACCGACCCCCAUCACCCAGAUACUCAGCUAAUACCGACCCCCAUCACCCAGAUACCCAGCUAAUACUGACCGCCAUCACCCAGAUACCCAGCUAAUACCGACCGCCAGCACCCAGAUACCCAGCUAAUACCGACCGCCAGCACCCAGAUGAUGACCAGCUAAUACUGAUCUCCUUGCUAACAUUGUAUAACUGACUGGGCACCGCCACUCAGCUAACAAGGUAUCACUGAACAGGCACAAACAUGCUGCUGACGAACCGCUUGUGAACUUUCUGUUAUCUUUAGAUUGUGAAACUAAAGACUCCAACAUAACUUUUUUUUUUUUUUUUUUAUGGGUGUCUAUAAAUAUAGGCAAAAAUAUGUAGAAUGUUAACAUGUUAUGCAGUAUUCCUUAUUUUUAUCCUGCUCUUCUAUCCCACCCCAUCUAUUUAUUGCUUGGUAUUUUGUUCAAGUGUAGAAGCCAUUCAUUGUGCCAGUAGAUGAGAGGCUGAUAGGAUUAAAUACUUGAUAUUUGGAAAUGUUUUUUUUUUUUUUUUUAAUGCAUUAAAUAAAAUACUGGCAAAACAAUUUUACUUAUUUACCGUAUAUAUGUCUUUUAAAUAUGUCCCCAUUGACACUGUUGAGUUUGAUUACAGCUGCAUGCACACUUUUCUGACACAAGCGUCUAAUGUUGGUGGGUUGAGAUCUUCCCUAAAUUCCCUGUCCAUAAUUGGUUUAUCUCCAAAAAGGAGCUCACAUCAUCAAAUAUUACAACUUAAACAGUUCUUUAAACUGAUUGCAGCAAUACAGCGUUUACCAUUCGUAUACACACAGCCGAGUUCACUGUUUAGUGAAUGAGGCUUUAUUUUAGAGCCUUGACUCCUGCAUGCACAGUUCACAACUCUGCUCUCUCUGAAGGGUGGAAAUCCUUCCUCACUGCGUGUGGUAGGUGCACAUCGCACACGCAAAAAAUGUUAAAAAAGCUAGAGUAGCAGGUUAAAGGGACACUAUAGUCACCAGAACAACUACAGCUUAUUGAAUUUGUUCAGGCUUUUUGCUGUAAAUACUGUCUUUUUUCAGAGAAAAUGCAGUGUUUACAUUACAGCCUAGUGAUAACUUCACUGGUCACUCCUCAGAUGGCUGUUAGAGAUCCUUCCUGGGUCAUGGCUGCCUAAAAUGCAUCCAAACAUUCAGUAUCUCCUCCCUCUGCAUGCAGACACUGAACUUUCCUCAUAGAGAUUCAUUGAUUCAAUUCAUCUCUAUGAGGAGAUGCUGAUUGGCCAGGGCUGUGUUUGAAUCAUGCUGACUCUGCCCCUCAUCUGCUUCUUUGUCACUCUCAGCCAAUCCUAUGGGUAAGCACUGUGAUUGGAUCAGGCCACCACUUCUAAUGAUGUCAGCAGACUGCUUGUUUUUCUGAGUCUAACAGCAUGCAGAGUUACAGUUUUAGGCUUGAAUACAGUAAGAUUUUUGCUAUGUUUAUGGAGACAUGAGGAGCCAUGGGGGGCUAGAUGGUGGUGUUAACACUAUAGGGUCAGGAAUACAUGUUUGUGUUCCUGACCCUAUAGUGAUCCUUUUAAUGCAUAAAAAAUGGUGCAUGCUCAAAACAUUAACAUGAACGCAUCCCUUGUUAUACAAGUAUCCAGUGUUUUUAAUUAUUGCUAAAUCCAGCGGUCGUUAGUCUCUCAUUCUCCUUGACCUUUCUGCUGUCUUCGACACUGUUGAUCAAUCUUCUCAUCCUCUAUAAUGUUUGUCUAUGAGACUCAGCUCUCUCCUGGUUCUCCUCCUGCCUCUCCCAGCAUUCUUUCUGUGUUUUUCUUUUUCUGGCUCUUCCUCUUCUCCACAAACCUUCUCUGUCGAUGUUCCUCAAGGUUUUGUGCUUGGUUCCUUACUGAUCUCGAACAGCUCCCCUUUGUAAAUGCAUUAGUUCUUUUGGCUUCCAAUAUCACUUCCAUGCGAAUGACACGGAAAUCUAUCUGUCUUCUCGUGAUCUCUCGCCUUUCUUCUUGACUCAUUACAGCCUCUCUGCUAUUUCCCUUCAAGUCAAUGUACUACCGUCAGCUCUGGCAGGCUCGCUGUCUAGGUGAACUCUUUGACUCCAACCUCUCUUUCACCCUUCAAGUCCAAUCACAUAUUAAAUCCUGCCACUUCCAUCUUAAAAAAAGUAACUCUCAUCCGCCCAUUCUAAUGCUGAUGCGGCCAACAUGCUGGUUCAUACCGCUAUCAUCUCUUUCCUUGACUACAGCAAUACGCUUCUCAGUGGUCUUACAUGUUCCCAGCUGGCCCCGUUAUAGUUUAUAUUGAAUGCAGCCCCAAGGCUUAUCUUCUUGUCCACCCACACCUCCCAUGCCUUACCUUCUGUCAGUAAUUAUACCGGCUUCCCCUGUAAGACCGAGUGCUCAAUUUAAAAUUAUGGUGCUUGCUUGAAUAUCUCUACAUAACUCUGCUUCUACCUACCUAUCCUCACAAAUACACAAGAAUGUCCCAACCAGGCCUCUACAUUCGGCCAAAGAUCUGCGUCUAUUGUCUGUUCAUACUCCGACUUCUGACACCCACCUUCAAGACUUCACUAGGGCUGCUCUGUUCCUUUGGUACUCCCUUCCCUUCUCCGUUAGACUCUCACCCAGUCUCAGUUCCUUCAAAACAUCAUGGAAAAACUCCAUUCUUUAGGAAAGCAUAUCAAUAAAGAUUUAAAGGGUAUUUUUUGGGGGGGGAGGGGGGGUUUGUGUGUGUGAUGCAAGAGAUUUAAAAAAAUUUUUAAAUGUGUAUACUGGCCCUUUUAUAUUUGCCCCUUGACUUUACAUGUACAGAGUUAUUGGCAGCCUGUCAGUUUGUUUUAAAUAAAGCUGAACGGAAGCAUACGGGGACAUGACAUUGUCAAUCACAGUGUGCUCUGUACUCUGAAACAGAAACUUGUAUAAAAAUGUUAAUAUGAGCUAUAGCAUCACAUUUUAAUAGGAGUAUUAACCAAAGACGGUCUGAAUACGGAUUUGACUGUUACCUAUAAAUUUCAAUAUUUAAUAACCCUUAUGUAUGAAAACAUGCAAAAUUGCUGUAAGAUUGCAUAACAUGAUAUUCCAGAUAAUGGAAUAUCAGUUAUGAACUUUUUCUUGCAUGGAACUGAACUCCCUAACAAAUAGGCCAUGGUGAGCUACCUGCCAACUGGCACUAGAUUAAAAAUGUUUACAUAUAUGAUAAUGUCAUGGACGGCUCGGGAGGAGGGGAGAAUAGCAUGCUUCCUGCAUGGCCCUACUCCGUGACGCUUUUGGAUGCUUGUCGCAAGUGUACGUUGUGUGCCGAUGUCAGACUUCCAAUAUGCACUGAAUAAACAUUAGCUACUCAGAACUCUUGUUCAGGGUUUGGCUAUAGACUCUCUGACGUGUAAUGCCACCUCAGGCAGGAGAGGGGUUAACUCUGUUAAUGCAGCUUGUCAUAACGACACCGCACAUAGGGACUCCAGGCACCAUGACCACUUCAAAUUAAUGAAGUGGUCAUGCUGUUUUAGAGUAACCCUCAUUUCUGCUUUGAAGUAUUUGUGAUUAGUGAUUUUUGUGCUAGAACAUACAUUUUCAAACAUACAUUUUGUGGAUGUUCUAAACCUCUUUGCACACGCAGUUGGAAUAAUCUUUAAUAAAAUGAGUUGAAUUAUUGAAUCAGAUGGUGUAAGCAUAACUAUGUACCUAUUCUGUAGUCUUAGACAGACAGUAGACAGGAUAAAGUAUUCGUUUGACUGUGUGAAAUAACUUGGAGCAAAUAUACUGUAACCCUAAAACAUUACAAUCUGCUCCAGCAUUUUCUCUCUGAUUUUUCUUUGUCUGCCCUCAUCCAUCAUGCUGGUACUCUAAAAGAGACCUACAUAUUUACACUGAAUGACAAUUUCAAGUGUCUAAGGUGGAUACUGUCCUCGAAAUGGCACACAUCACAAAAUUACUGCAGGGCAUUCUAAAUCUAGUGCUACUUUCACUAAUUGGGUCAAAUAAGCCAAUCUAGAAAAACUAUCCAGAUCCACUACAACAGGUGCAACUUUUCAUUUUAAAAUGUAGUUUUCAGUUCACUACAAUUAGGUGUUUAGGUAAUAAAUCACUCGUUCUUGCAAUUUCUUUUUCUUUCCCUUUUUCUCUGAUUUCACAUUUUCCGCAGGCAAAGUCUUGUCUCAUUGUUGAACAGGGCUGAUGGUUUUUUGAUAAUUCUGCUAUUAACAAUGCCCCUUAAAUCCUUGUAUAAACAAUAUAAAACUUUUUUCUCUUUUUUUUUUUUUUUUUUUUUUAUGUUCAUGUAAAAGACUUACUUACACUAUCAAUUAAAGAGGAACUGUGACUUGCAGGGUCGUGACUGUUCUUUAUUCUUCCACCCCAGGUAAAACUGUUUUUUAAAAUAUUUUUAAAUCUCCCCAGGUAUUGCAGCGUUGACUUUGCCAACACAUGAUGCCUCAAAGGUGUGCUUGUGCAUCUAACUGAGAAGUGUUGCAUGCACGCACGCAUUUUCGCCAACAAUGCUAUAGGUGCCCCUGCUCUAGAGAUAACAUACUCUCUAAUAUACUUACUAUGUGUAAAUUAAAAUAAAAAAAGGCAAAACUCUAAACAAUUUAAGAAAACAAAUGGCAGUUUUUAGCAACAUGUUCAAGAAAAUAUUCACAAAAAAUGUGCUUAGCAUGCAAACUUAGUCAUAAAUAACACUGUGUAAAAUAAUGUUACAUAUAUGUGUGUGUGUAUGUGUAUAUAUAUCUAUCUAUCUAUAUCCUAGACUAUUCAUUGUGCACUUUUCUUCCUGGCUUCCCCACUUCCUCUCAUCUAGCACUCCUUCCCUUAUAUUUGGGGAUUUCAAUAACCCCAAUUGCACUGAUGCCUCUCGUCUGCUCUCUGUAACCUCCUCCUUUUGGUCUUACGCAAUGGUCCAAUGUAGCAACCCAUACAGCAGGAAACACUCUCUUGAUCUUGCCUUCACCAACCUCUGUACUGCCUCUAAUCUCUCCAAUAUUCCUUUUCCUCUAUCUGACCACCAUCUGCUGACUUUUGACAUUGGCAUACCUAAGAUCCAAUUGACACCACCGUCUGUACAUCCCUCUCACAGAAACCUCCAAUGUCUUGACCUAGAGCAUUUCUCCACUAAUCUCCAAACUCUCCUCCUACCUAUCUCAAACCUCACCUGUCCUAGUUCUGCAACCUCCUUCUACAAUUCCACCCUCUUCUCUCAACUAGACAUCAUGGCACCUUGUACAUUUAAACGCCGCAGGCCCUCCCAACAACAACCCUGGCACACCAAGCUCACUCAGUACCUCCAAAAAUGCUCCAGAACUGCUGAAUGCUGUUGGAGAAAGUCUCACUGUGCAUCUGACUUUCUCCACUAUAAAUUUAUGCUGAGCUCAUACAGCUUGGCUCUUUCCUCUGCAAAAGUUAAUUACUUCGAUACCCUCAUAAUGCACACUCUCCCGCGAACUAUUUCACACAUUUAACUCUCUUCUUAGCCCAGCUGUUCCUCCUCCACCUACUAACUUGACCGCCUCAGACUUUGCAACUCACUUCACUGACAGGAUCUCUACAAUCAGGGAAGAGAUCUCUCAUCUUUCUUCUUCCCCUUCAAUACUUCCCCUAACUUCACUCCCUCUGCUGUUCUAUGUUCAUUCGCACCCGCUACAUUGGAAGAGAUUUCAGCUCUGCUCCAGUCCUCCCGCCCCACCACCUGCUCCCUACAUCCAAUUCCCUCACAUCUCAUCCGUACUCUGUCUUCUUCUCUUUCUCAACCUCUCACUAAAAUUCUCAAUCUCUCUCUCUCCCCUCUGGUAUAUUUCCAUUGCCCUUCAAACAUGCAACUGUAACCCCAAUUCUAAAGAAGCCCAACCUUGACCCUAACUCCCCAUCCAACUAUCGUCCUAUCUCGCUACUGCCUUUUGCAUCCAAGAUCCUUGAAAAAAUUGUGUAUGCGAGAUUGACAGACUUCCUCGAGUCCAGCUCUCUGCUAGACCCGCUUCAGUCUGGUUUCCGCGCUAAGCACUCUGUGGAAACGGCACUGACUAAAGUAUCCAAUAAUCUACUCGCUGCAAAAUCUCUUGGUCACUACUCUAUCCUAAUUCUCCAUGACUUGUCUGCGGCUUUUGACACGGUUGAUCAUCAACAGCUUCUUCUCAUCCUCCGCAAUAUCGGUCUACAAGAUAUUGCUCUCUCCUGGUGCUCCUCCCAGCGCUCUUUCAGUGUUUCUUUCUCUGGCUCUGCUUCUUCUCCCCAACUCCUCUCUGUUGGUGUCCCCCAAGGUUCAGUCCUUGGUCCCUACUGUUCUCCAUCUAUACUGCCUCCCUUGGUAAACUCAUUAGCUCCUUUGGCUUCCAAUAUCAUUUCUAUGCAGAUGACACGCAAAUCUACCUUUCCUCUCCUGAUCUCUCCCUGUCCUUCUUGACUAGUGUCUCUGACUGCCUCUCUGCUGUUUCUAACAGGAUGCCACUUCCUUAAACUAAACUUGACCAAAACUGAAAUUAUGGUCUUUCCUCCCUCAAGUGUUGUUACUCCUGUGUCUGUCACCCUCCAAGUCAACGGUGCUACCAUCAGCUCCACCACGCAGGCUCGCUGCCUAGGUGUUCUCUUUGACUCCGACCUCUCCUUCAAGCCUCAUGUUCAGUCUAUUGCCAAAUCCUGUCAUUUCCAUCUCAAAAACAUUGCGCGCAUCCUACUUAACGCCAGAUGCGACUAAGGUGUUGGUCCUUUCUCGCCUUGAUUACUGUAAUCCGCUUCUCAAUGGUCUUACGUGCUCCCAACUUGCGCUGUUACAGUCCAUAAUGAAUACGGUGGCGAGGCUCAUCUUCCUGUCUGCCGGCACCUCCCAUGCCUCACCCUUCUGUCAGUCCCUACAUUGGCUUCCUAUAAGAUAUAGAGCUCAAUUUAAAAUUCUGGUUCUUGCCUUCAAAUCUCUAUAUAAUGCUGCUCCCACCUAUCUAUCCUCCCUUAUACACAAGUAUGUCCCGUCUAGGCCCUUACGAUCUGCUGAAGACUUACUUCUAUCUUCUGUCCUUACUCCCACCUCUGAUGCUCGCCUUCAAGAUUUCUCGAGGGCUGCACCGUUCCUGUGGAACUCGCUUCCCUCCUCCCUUAGAUGCUCACCCAGUCUCCACUCCUUCAAAAAAUCGUUAAAACCCACUUCUUCAUAAAAGCGGAUCAAUUAAACUGUUAAUAGCUCCUGACUGAUUCCUCUUCUGCAACUGUACUAUACAAUCCUUACCUUUUUGUGUCAUUUUACCUCACUCCCUCUAACAUGUAAGCUCAUUGAGCAGGGCCCUCAACCGCUCUGUUCCUGUGCGUCCAACUUGUCUGGUUACAACUACAUGUCUGUUCGUCCACCCAUUGUAAAGCACUGCUGAAUUUGACGGCGCUCUAUAAAUAUCAUAAGUGUGUGUGUCUAUGUAUGUAUAUAUAAUAUAUAUUCUAUCUCUAGUACAAAAAAAGUAUUCUCCAACGAUUUGUCACAAAUCUUGAUAUGUAGUUCAAAGAAACACUCUAGGAUCAGGAACACCAUUUAGGUGGCCAUGCCCCCUUUAGCCCCGUAAAAAGUAAUAAAACUUGCCUUAUUUCCAGCGCUGCACAGGUCUGCCGGAGCUGGCCCCAACUCCUUGCUGACAUCAUCAGAAUGUAUAGUUUCAGCCAAUUCAAUGCUUUUCCUCUGGCUGAAAUCGUCAAAUAGGUGGGACAGGGUGCGGGGCCAAACGCCGGCUUGGUCAAUCAGCACCUCUUCGUAGAGAUGCAUUGAAUUAAUGCAUCUCUAUGACCAAAGUUCAGUGUCUCCAUGCAGAGGGUGGAGACACUGUGCAGCACUAUCUGAGGAGUGACUACUGGAGGUGUCCUUAGGUGGUAGUGUUUACAUAAAAAUGCAUGCGUGACUGACUAUACUCACCAGAACAACUACUUUAAGCUGUAUUUGUUUUGAGUGACUAUAGUGUCCCUUUAACACUAUAAAGGAAAAAAAUGAGAUACAGCCAAUCUGAGAAGCAAAAAUAACAACAUAGGGGAAUAUUGUAACCACUGAUGCAUAAGUGCUGUUAAUUGCACUCACAAAGCAUAGGUCAUAAUGUAGCAUUUAAUGAAACCUUGCAAAUUCCAACUAGAAAGUUCUUCAAAUAAACAGACAUCACUGGUGUUGGUUACCUUAUGCUAAAAACAGAUGUAGACAACAUAGUGCAGAGCGCUAGUAUAUUUCAAAUAAAGUUCCAAUUUAUUAGACGGCACCUGUGCACUCCUGACACCAAUUCUAGAAAGUAGUAAUUGAAAGCUGUCUCUAUCUGGAUUCUGCUCUUAAGAUCAUACAGGAUGCAUAAUAAAUCAAUAGAUGUAUUUAAAGCUCCGUAUAUAGGAUACGAUUUGUUUGUUUUUGUAAAGUUUUACCAAGUGCAAUGUUUUUGUGCAGAUGUCUUCAGAUGAGGAGAGCUCUAGUAGUCCAGUCAAUCCCAAAGAUUCAGACCAUGGCAGUUCAGUAUCCUCAGAUCUUCAGGUAGGAUGUAAGACUCUCUCUAAAGCUGGAUUUCGAACACUAAUCCAAUCUUCAUAUUUAAUCAUUUACAUUUUUAUGGUACUGCAAGGCUUGCACAUAUACCUUUUUUUUUUUUUUUUUUUUGCCAUAGGUUUUAGUAUUGGAAUUCUAACUUUGUGUUCGCCGUUCAGAGUGUUAUCACUAUGAUGGCAGAUAGUGUGUGUUUCAUCUAUUGGAAGUGAUGAGUAAUGAAAUCGUUAUUGUCCUUUCAUUAUCUUGGCAAUAGGGAUGUAUCCCUUCUGUUCAAAGCUUUUAUUUUCAACAACAAAAAUUGAAUGCCUAAAAGGAAACUAUAGCCACAAGAACUGCAGCUUAAUGUAGUGGUUCUGGUGUCUAUAGCCUGACCAUGCACACUUUUCAAUGUAAAGCCUGCCUUUUUAGAGAAUAGGCAAAAGGUAGUGUUUUACAUUGCUGCCUAGUAACACCUCUAGUGGCAGUCACUCAGUCCAGUGCUGCACACAUCUACAUUAAGUGUCUUUGCUUUAUGGAUGGAGGCGCUGAAUGUUCCCCAUGGAGAUGCUGACUGGCGCAGCACAGCGUUUUGCCGCUUGUGCGCAAUAGCCUUCUGAUGCAAUGGCCACUGCAAGACCGGCACAGAAAAAAGGUGAGUAAAAACAACUUUCCCAUGCAAUUGGAGGGAGGCCGGUCACCUAACACAUGCUUACUGACAGACUCUCCCACACUGACACACUCGCAUACCACACUCUCUGGGAGAGCUGAAGUGGAUCCUUUACCUGGGGUCCAGUGGGGAUGCUUUGUCAUCUUCUUGCUCUGUUCCCAUGUUCACUGUUUAGUGAUGCCGGGCUGCAGUGGCGUGGUAUCCCGGCAUCAACUACAGGGCACACGAGGGAGCAGAGCAGGAAGACUACAGUGCCCUCGCCGCCGGCUUCCGAUGUGCACAGCAGCCUGGCUCCUUUCUCCCUCAGCUGGACACCUCCAUUGCUCACAGCCGUCGUCCUCAGCAGGAGGGCUGAACGAGCUGACAAAACACCCAGGUCACCAUAGUGACUAGGAAUUUUAUCCUGGUAUCUGGGAUUUGUCAAGCCCUGUCCUAAACAGCUGGCUCAAACAUAUUAGUGAGAUUCUCAGUGCAGCAUGUGUUGGAGAAACAGAAAAAAUAAUGGUAUAGUGAGAUAUUGUACCAACAAUUGAGAGAUGUGAUUCUUAUGGACAUAUAGAUACCUACACGUAUUAACCCUGCUCUUUUAACCGCUGCUGCAGUUUAAGAUUGUUUAGAAUUGCUCAUGCAUUUUCCUGGAAAAAACAUCAAGUUGCUCGUCGUGUUACAUGACUAAGCAGUCUCUCUUUUAUUCUGACUUAAAUGACAGGAUGAAUAUGAUGAGCUUCUUCGUUACGCCGUGGUAACUCCAAAGUUUGAGCCAUAUUUCCUCAGGGACCAUCAGGUGAAUGCUGAACAAACUACAAGUGACAGGAUUUCAAGGCUGGGGAAAACUAUACACCAGCAAAUAUCAGGUAAAAAUCUAACUAAGUCUUGCAGUAGGUAUGCAUGAAUGCAUUGCUAGAUCUACAAUACACCUUUCUGGUCAGGUAGCUAAUCGAUAUAUUUAAAUUCACUGCAUGAUUAACUUUAACCACUCUCUCCUUUUAUAGAGAUCCAGCGAUAUGUGCCUGACAGUAAAGUUAGAUUUAUUUUUUAUUUUUAGUGCCUUUGUAUGAAAAAUUAUUGUAGCGGAGAGCUGGUAUUACACAGUCUAUCUCCACUUUGGAUCCCAGGGAGGUUCAGGAACAAGCAAUUAUAAAUCCAUAGGGUAAAGUAUCCAGCAGGCAAAAUAACACAGCAGUAUCCCAACAGCAAUCCCAAUAACUGGACGACACACAGUUUCAGGAGCAGAACUAAAGAUUUAUUCACACAGUGGCCUUUUAAAGCCUGCUCCCAUGCAAGGGAGGGAUUUUCAUUCAUUAGUACAGUAGCCAAUCCUGUCCUGGUAACCUCCCACACAUCUCCUCCCCUCAGCCUGCAUCAUCAUCCCCUUAUCCAGCACACCAAUUCCCCCCCGUUUCUGGAUGUACCCCUAAACUUAGGGGUACCCCUUUAAAUUAUACAUCCCCUGGUAGCCCUGAUCUGGGUGAACAACAUAUCCAAAAAUCACCCAGAUCAGACCAGGGGUUCGGGAAAUUUAUGGAGGGAAUAAAAUGACCGACCACACUGGAUAGAACAGCCGAAUGAGGUUCAAUGCGAAUGGGCCCUGCGGUUGGUCCUGGAGUCAGGGAAUAAACGGCACGAAAGCCUCUAGCUACAGAGGCUAGGGAGGGUUCGCCUGAAUCCCCUCGUUCGGUUCUUUCUAUUAGUUUGGAACGGACCGGGCUUGUGGAGGUUUCAGCGGUGUUCGCCUAGUCGAGUGUCCGAUUUGAGUUCCAGACACUCGACGGCAAAACACCGCUGUUCGGGAGUUUUAAAAUGGCCGCCGCCACGUGUUCGUUUUUCGAAUGGCGGCCACACCCGAGAACAAAGGACGGCUACUCAGCUUGUCAAUUACCCGUUCGCAACAAUGUUGCAACGGGUAAUUGAAGGCACACUUCACACAGGGGAGGUCUGACUGUUCGGUAGUUUCAUUCGAACAAACUAAGGGAAUGAAACUACUUAACAUUCAGACGAAUACCAUACAUUUAACACAUAUAACUUAGUUAUUUUACACGAAUGCAUUCAAACACAUGUAAUUUCUCAGGACAGCCCAGUGCCAUCCGCUACAAUUAUAUUUUGAGAAAUUUAGGUAUACAUGUACCAAUUCUGGAACUUGAUGUUUACUUUUGUUACUACAGGAAGUUGGUGUUUUAUAGCAGAUACAUUUCCUAAUAAAGUUCACUACUAGAUUGAUGUACGCCCCCUGUUUUUGCUUAACAGUAAUGCAUAGAAAAUACUCUGCUUUAGAAUGUGUCUACAAUCCUCUGUUCCUUGCCCAAGGAUCUAUUCUUCAACCAGGAGCUUGCUGAGGUCCAUCAGCCAACCAGUGUCUUCUCAGUUGUUGUUUUUUUUGUGAGAGCAAUACGGAGUAUGUUAUAAUUUCUAUAUGAUAAUAUAUUUUUAUUUCCUAAUUCAAAUCAAUGAGCUUUUUGCAUGCACUUUUUCCUUUCACACUUUAAUUUAUUUUUUUACUGAAAGUAUAGAUGGGAAUAUACAAGGACGUGAGCAAUAUCCAGUCAAAAUGGCCAAAUUCCGCGGCCAUUACUGCCCAGUCACUAGAAAAGGCCUCAUCAUUGCAACCUCAGAUAAACAUAAAUAACCCUAUGUCCGCUUGCCACGCUUUGCAUUAGAAGUAAGCCAAAGUAAGUCCUGAGCAGUGAUUCGCCUCUCGAGACUUGUCUGUCAGAGGUCUCUGGUUGGCUUAUUACAAGACCUAAUUUGCGAGUAAGAUACAGAAAGACACAACGAAUAAGGUUUAUAUAAAUGUUGCAAUAACAUAGCAUUCUAAACCUGGAGAAAUAGCAAGAUCAUGUCCAUGCUGCUUCCCAUGAUAGUUUCUCCAUGCUUGGCCAAUCAGCAUCUCUUUAAGGACGUGCUGACUGGCCAAGCUGGCGUUUGGCCCUGCCCCCAUCCCGCCGCCUUGCUGAUUUAAAAAUCUUACAUUCUGAUGUCACUAAGGAGCCGGAUCGGGGGCGGGCCAGUACUGGAAAUAAGGUAAGUUUUAACCCCUUCUGAAGGGGGCAAGCCACCUAAAAGUGGUUUUAACACUAAAGGAUGAGGAAUACGUGUUUGUGUUCCUGACCCGAUAGUGUUCCUUUAAAUCCAAAUCUUCUCCAUUAAAAGCAUUGUAUCCUUUUGGUGAAUCAUGCUGUGUGUCGGCGCUAAACACGAAGAUAUUUAAAAAUUGAGGGUCUUUAGUGAGGAUGCUCCACUAGUGGCUUUAAGUAUAGUGGCAUGGUUUAGGCAAAAUGUAAGCACUGCUGUUUCUUAUGUUGCCAGUCAAAAGAGGCCGCAUCUAUGCACCAAAACCACUACAUUGGUGCUUCUUUAAAGGAACACCAUCGUCACUCUUAUCAUUUCAUCUCAAUGAAGUUGUCUUUGCGGUGUUUCUGUCCUUUUAGAAAGUGCAAUGUUUACAUCGCAGGGUUAAAUCCACCUCUUACUGACUGCCACUACAGGCACUUGCCUGGCCUCAGCUAUAAUGUUGCGGAAGCAGAAAGAUGAGCAGCACAGAGGGAACUUUGGCAUUGGAAAAAGGUAAGUAAAACUUUUAUUUCACUAGUUAUUAUGGCACAAGGAACUCGAGACAGCAGCCCUAUUAUGUUUUGGAAAACAGGUCUGUAUUACAAACGCUAUGGUGUUCCGGUAGUUCUUUAUUAUGUUCACUUGAGGAACAGUCCCUGUUGAAUGGAAUAGCCCCAUCGAUUGUCCACAGCUUCAAACCAUGUCUAACACUUGCUAUUUUUUUAGUUAUCUCCAUGUUGUAUUGUUUUAUUUAAAUUCUGCUUUUGAUUUCUCUGUAGCAAAUAACUCCUCAGCAACUGAACAUAUCAGAGAGUCCUCGGAAAAGGAACAUAAAACUGUUUCAGAAGACGAAGCCUCUCAGCCAAGGACCCCAACAGCAGACAAUCCCAACGGUAAUAUGCUUUUUAAGAACGUUCUACUAUAAACUAUACGCCUCAUUGUUUAUUUCCGACAGCUGGGUUUUGUUUUGAUAGUUAUGUUUUUGACGUUUAAAGGGACACUAUAAUGAAGCAGUCUUUGUGUAUAUCAAUCAUACAGCUGCAGUCUCAAUACUUGGGUGUUCAAUUACAUUUCUUUCUGUUCAUCCAGCCCUAGUCACAGUUAUCCUGGCUGCAAGAAAAAAUGGUUUAAUUUUCAAUCAGAUCUUACAUCACAAUGUGCUUUAGAAGUUCUUAUCUCUUGGUUCACUAAUAGAACUGUAAUCACACACUCGAGGUUGCAAGCUCUAGCAGGUUAUUGACAGAGCAACAACAAAUGAAUCUGCUAACUGAGUGUUUUGAUGUUAUAAUGACUAUAUAUUAGUUCUUUCUAAUAGGAUUAUUCACUGAAGUGAGAAUUCAAGAUGAAUUACAAAUGUAUGGCAAAAGUGUAAAUAAUUCUCCAAGUCCUCUUUACUUUGCUUUCAGUUAAGCUACUGUGGCCCUAAAUUCAAAAUUUACUGUGAAUUCUCACUUUAGUAAAUAACCCUGAAAGAAAAUGGCUGUUUUAAAAAAUUUAUCUUGCUUUUUAACCCUUUGAGUACUGGUCAUGCCCUACGCAUUUCUUGCCAUUAUUAUUAUUAUUAUUAUUAUGAUAUUUUAAAUAGCGCUAUCAAAUUCCGCAGCGCUUUACAAUGGGUGGACGAACAGACAUGUAGUUGUAACCAGACAAGUUGGACACACAGGAACAGAGGGGUUGAGGGCCCUGCUCAAUGAGCUUACAUGCUAGAGGGAGUGCGGUAAAAUGAUACAAAAAGGAAAUGAUAGUAUUAGACUAGUGACAUCAAUUACACAUCUGACACUCAAAGGAUCAACAAAGGAUGAACAUUUUGCCUGGCCCCUUAGUUCUAUGGAAACCCUGUUGUAAAUACCACUAAACUCCAUCAUGGAAUAUAGAAAAUGUAAUGUAAAACACCCUAUUUAGGGCCUUAAACUCAAUCUAACUAAAUGUGACGUAAUGAACGUAACUGUGCCAGAGUGGGAAUGUGCAAGACUAAAACAACAAUUUCCAUUCCAUUGGUGCACAGACCACAUGAAAUAUCUUGGAAUAUGGGUCACACAUGAGGCGAAAGAUCUAUACGCUCACAACCGACAUCUUAGGCAACCUCAAGAGGUGGAACUAUAUCUCAUGGCAGGGACGAAUAGCAGUCGUAAAGAUGAACAUUCUUCCCCGAAUACUAUAUAUAUGGAAGAAAAUGGCUGUUUUAAAAAUGUAUCUUGCUUUUUAACCCUUUGAGUACUGGUCAUGCCCUACAUAUGUAAUUCUAUAUAAUUUCAUACCAUACCCAGGACAAUUCCGCAAAUAUUCUUCAAAACGUUCCGAACAGCGAUCAUUAGAUACAUAUGGAAGGGAGACAGAGCCAGGAUUAGCCACGCAAAGCUGUGCCUCCCCAGACCAUGGGGAGGACUUGCCCUUCCAGACUUUAAAAAAAUACCAUCAAGCAACAAUCUUGCAACGUCUCAGGGAAUUACACACUGCCACUUCCCACAAACGAUGGGACUCCGCAGACAACCAACUCCAUGUAUUCAUCUGGCACAAGGAGGCAGAAGCCACAAAUGAACUCUGAGAGGACUCCCCUGUCACUCAAACUAUGGACCAGGUUGAGGAAAGCGCCCUACAUUUUACCAACGCCGAGCCCGCUGAUCCCCAUCACACACAACACAAACAUAGGCAACGGGCUACCGCCGUCCGCAUGGCCACUAGCCAACCAAGAAGGAUACAUACCCCUGCAAACAGCACUGACAGAAACAGGACUGAAGACACUGCGAGAUAUGACGGAAGGAGGUACGCCCACGAUAAUGCACCAAUUUCACUAUGCCCAACUCAAACAUUUCUACCACAACCUACCACACACAAACACGCUUCACAGGGAACUAACGUGGUUUGAAAAGAUAUGCUCCCAGACACCGGAAGCGAGCGGCACAGUCUCAGUAAUAUACCAACGUUUGAUAAUAGGCUAACAGAAAAAGAAUGAUGCAUUCAAGACAAUGGGAAGACCAAACAGACAAAACGUAUACAGGGCCUCAAUGGGAACAAAUACUACUACUACUACUACACCACAAAAGCUCAUCUGGUUCGAACUACCAAGAGGUAAACUACAAACUGAUCUCACAAUGGUACCGCACACCAUCCUUACUGCAUCGGAUCAACCCGGCGUUACCGGACGCCUUAAACACAUAUGGUGGGACUGCGGCAGAAUCAAACCAUACUGGAAGGAUAUUGAGGCGGAAAUACGGAACAUACUGGGGGAACCCACAAGUUUGACACCAGAACUGGCCUUGUUACACCACACGGAAGAAGUGCUCUCAGUAUACAAAAGAUAUUGACCUUAGACACCUGCCAAAUACCACUAGUGUGGAAAACAUCGCACCCUCUGACAAUCGGACAAUGGAGACACAGAGUGGAAGAAAUACAAAUAGCAAAUCUACUGGGGAAGAAGGAAACGUGGAGCAAUGGAGACCCUGGUGUGUGUAUAUAUAUCUCUCGAACGCAAUCACCAGCUAGAUAGAGGGGGAGCCGAGAGGGAUGGGCUGGGGGACCGGACUCUCCGGACGCCACACCACCGCACACACGCUUGCCCCUACCUGCCCACCCAUGAACUAGUUGCCACAUGGCGCAAGACCUAGCGGGAGCAGACCCACACAGAAGGGUGAGACAAUACAGGGCCUAGACAGGAGGUAAACUGAAGGGUCAGACCUAAUGGGGACGGGGCAGGUGGGCUAACUGCCCAAAUAAGGGAAGCCAAAUACACUCGCAACUCUCGAAAAGGAAAAAUAACAAACCCAAAUGAUAUUGAGAUGGGAAGUGGAGGACAACGCCACUAAACCUAACCACACGCUCCCACACGUUCGUUCACACACACUCACAUAAGGACACAUCACAUAAUCCACGACCUACAAAAAAGGCCACAAACCACAAAGGUGCAUACACACCUCGGAUCAGAGGGAUCGGCACACAAAUACAAACCUAGAGACUCAACCUGAUAGAGGAAAAGGGGCCAGCUAGGUAGCGACCGAAGUCAGACCAGCGACAAGAAGAGAAAUAAUACACUACCCCCCCCCAGCUGCGGACACAUUGGACAACCAGCAAGUCCACAAUAGAAUGGGAUCAACCGAGAUAAUCAUAUUCGAUCCGACUGCAGGGCACUCGCUAGUCGACGUCACACACGACAAAGCUCGACUAAAGACACGAGACCUGAACACUGGACUGAAGCAACCCCCUAGGCAGCAGGGGAUGAGACCUCAAAACACCACACAUAAAGGGAAAAUAACACAUAAACAGCAAAGGGAAGGGACAAAGACAUAAGGGCAAGCCUCCACGUUGGGUCACCUGAGAGAUGACUAACCAUAAGACAACUGACACGCACCACUGUGCCGACCCCCGCUAUACCUUAGGAGACAGGCAAAAACCAACACAAGCGGACGACACUCUCACACAUUCAGAGAGAGACUCAACACCCCUCAUGAGACAACCCCACACCCACAGAAGUGAAUGAACACUCAAAGUAAGCUCUUAGUGAAGUGUAGCGGUUUUACUAUACACAGCUAAGAACUAAACAACGCCACACUAACAGAGCACUGAAUGUCACAGGAAUGCAACAGAAUUAUUUUGAUUAUUUUUUUUUUUUUUCCUUUUUACCAACCGAAUGUUGUGGAGACCUGUGCGUCUCAUUGCUCACAACCACAGAUGCUAUAUUAGGAUGUUUAUCUAACUACAGACAAAAAAGCUAAACACGUUUCCUGAAUCUAAGACGCAAUACGGUUAUGUUAAAUCUGGAUUUAAAUGUAAGCUUAACCAAUAUGGAUCUGCGAAUCCAGAUUAUACUAUUGUAUAAUUUAAUUGCUGAGCAGAGACGAUGGAGGCCUGCGCGUCUCAAUGCCUAGACACGUACCUACUAUGUUUAUUUGUUAUAAAUGACACUUAACCGACAACAAAACGUCCAAUUUACAAAAAAACACAAUAUUUAUUAACGUGUUACUCAGAUUUCAUUUUGACACUGGGCAUAUAUUAAUUUAUAUUGGUAGGUUUUGUGAACAAUUUAUAAAUUUGUAGAAUAUAUGUUAAUAUAAAUUCUUAUUUUCCCCUUCAAAAAAAACGCUUCAAACAGGGAUCCUGUCCGGCAUGGAGGCGUUCUCUCCCAUUCAUUCUGAUGAACUAUCCACUCCAAGCUCCCCCUCGUCUCAUUCCCAAACUGGACAGACCCGAGUAGCACAGAUGCCAGUCUGUCCCGAAAAUAUGAAACAGGUUGAGAACUUGCUCGAUCUGUGGAGUGGAAAUCUUAAGGUAUGAGAACAAAACCGGUUUACAGGCUCCUCACGUGAUAUUAAUUUUAAUUCUUUUUAGUUUGUUUUACAUAUUCAGUGUCUAGACUGCCUUUUUAAAAAAUGGAAAAAUGUUCCAUACUUACUAUAAUUUUAUUUUACUGAUUGAGCAACAAAUUUACUUCUUAAUGUAGUGGCUUUGACGCAUAGAUGCUCCCCAUUUUUGUCUAACAAUGUAAAAGAUUGCCAUUACUGAACUGCUUCCUCCCUCACUCUUUAGCCUCCACAUUAGUGAUCGACAGUGAGGGACCAGGCCACAGAUACCCAGGGGACCCACAGUUUGUGUCAAUACUCUUAGAAACAGUAUGACACAGAACAGGGGGAUUCUGCAAGGGGAAAGUUUGCACUAUAACCACUACAGCAGGCUUACACUGUCCCUUGGAUCACAGUAAUUAUUUUAGUAUUCUGGCUGUGAUUAGUUCAAUGAUGUAUAAUUUUAUUUUUUCAGUAGGCAAACGUCAAUUCUAUAUAUUGCCAGGCAGAGUCAAAUAUACUCGCUUGGGGACUUUGUGUGAUUGCCUAGGUUCUGCCAGACUCCCGAACUGCUUCGAAUAUAUUCAGAGCUGGAGAAAACAAAUGUCUGUUUUUUUUGAUCAAAAGAACAACUCUUCAGCUCCUCAAUUAGCUGAGAUUUAGAUGCAGUACAGCGCUGAAAUAGUUUGACAAAUUACACUGAAACAACACCAGUGCACUUGUGGAAUCAUAGCCAAUACAGAGUGGUUAUGGUGCUUCGAGUGUUCCUUUAACCCCUUAAGGGCCAAACUUCUGGAAUAAUAGGGAAUCAUGACAUGUCACACAUGUCAUGUUUCAUUAAGGGGUUAAGUGAACUUUGUCAGCCACAAAUUUGUGGGUGAAUACAUUAAAGUCAUACUAUAAAUCUACUUCCCCCAGCACCCCUUUGUUUAUCUGAUAUGCAAUGAGACACACUCCAGUCAAAACCAUCCAUGCCACAAAAUCAAUGAUCAUUCCGCAGGAGACUGGACAAUAGAAGGCUCCAUCUCUGCAGGAAGGCAAUAACUGUGAUCAGUGUGGAUGCUCAGACUUAAUGAACCUUGCCAGUCAGGCGCUUCAAUCUUUACAGAAGCCAGAGGUUCAUUGAUGUGUGUAUUUUGCUUCUAGCAAUUUUUAGAAAUGGUACUGCAUUUGUAGGAGCAUGCUUACAGUGCACAGAGUCUCACUUUACUAAAUGACAGUAUCUUUUUGUAGAACUAAUGCACGAUGACUACUUUGCUCUUAGAUAAAUGUUAUGGCUGAGCUAAGCAAAUGGAGACUCACCAUCAUUGAGGAGCAUAAACUGGAAAUGAAAAGGCAGAGUGCAAAGCACGCUGAAGACCUCUCACGGCUAAGCAACCAGCUGGACAACCUUCAGGAGAUACUUCAAAUGUACGAAACCUCCAUACAACGAAAAGAUGAGGUGAGCAAACCUUCUAAAAGUGAAAAUGCUAUAGUGUGAUCCAGUGCUCCUCAGCCAACAAGCCAAAUAGUGUCCACGAAAAACUGCUGGGAACAUGCCAAAAAUUAAAAGGUGGAACCUAAAGCAAGGCAGCAGCACACUUUAUAUUUUUGUAGGCGUGUGGAGGUGAGAUGCCUAUAGGCUGCAGUCUGGAAGAGAACAGGGGAUUAAAAAGCCAAAUGUUAGCAUGUGCGCAUCCCCAAAAAGUGCCAUUUAGCUUUUGCUUGUUUUCAGGUGAGUUUGGAGCCUUUAUUACCCAAUUAAGUGCUCUCAUUUCAUAAGUAUUGAAGCAUGAAAGCUGACUUUGUAAGGACUCCAAACAAUGCUGAUGGAACUGUAGCAUCCAGGCCAUCUCACUUCAUGUAAAAAAUAAAAGUAAACUGGCGUUUCCCGAAAUGUGGAAGAAAAACAAAAAGAGAAGAGUAUGUGAUACUUUAAAAUCUUAAAAAUGUUUUGUCCCAGAAUUGUGACAAAUAACAUGAAACACCUUAAAUAGUAUGUGUAAACUGAUACCUGUGUAUUUCUAUAUAUGUGUUAUAAUGUAUUUCAUAGCCUACAAAAAAAGCGCAUGUUGUGCAGAAUGCCCCUACUAAAUCCCCCAAUGGGUAUAUGCAACUCAGAAUCUCUCACUUUAAGAACAAUGCGUAGGCUGUGGGCAGAAUGUAUUGUGAGUUCCUGUCAAGGGCAAUGGCUGAUCUUCCAUUGUGGAACUGACAGGGAAAUAGUUAUUGGUGCCAUAUACAAUCAUACUUUCCAAUUAUAAAGUGGGAAUAGGUCCAAUGUCAAACCACAAUUAAUAUUAACCCCUUAAGGACACAACUUCUGGAAUAAAAGGGAAUCAUGACGGAAUAUUUCCAUCAUGUGUCCUUAAGGGGUUCAUGGUUUGGAUGUCCUCUAAUGGGGGUUCUUCUUUGUGAUUCAGCUAGCAUGUUUAGACAAGGACUGUCUUCAUGGAGAUGGGGGAGUCCCUGGUCUCCUAUAAGAACUCCAGUGUAUAUCAAUCUAUUUGAUAUUAAACUUGGGGUGCAAUGCCUGAAUAGUGUAGGUUAGGAUCCAGUUAGUGGGUUUAUAUUAUUAAGGAGACACUACAGCCUCCCACACGUUUCAAUGCACUUUAUGGUUAUAUGGUUGUGUUUUGCUGUUAAUAUUUGUAUUUUCCUUUUUAUUUGUUUUUUUUCAAAUGUCCUCCUCACAUACACUCUUGUACAGUAGGACAUUGCAUCAUGAAGGGGGCUGGGAUAUGUUUUUUUGCUCCAAAACCACUACAUUUAACAUAGCAAUUGUAGUGGUUCUAGUUUCUUGAGUGUCCCAUUAACGACGAUUUUCUCUUGGCCAAACCCUGUAUAAACUUCUUUUUUUUUUUUUUAAUGUAGACUUUCCCUCCUUCAUUACUUUGUCACAAGGAGAUGGAUGGGGUGGGCAUUUGGUAAAGGGAUCUUGAAGCCAGAACGAUAGUGUUGGCAUCUGGUGGGCAAAGAACAGUGCUUUCUAACACAAAUGCACAGCUGAUGUUAGAGAUGGUUUGUUUAGCUAUAGCAUGAUAUCUAUUAAGCUGCACUUAAUCCCUUUAAUCCUCUAAAGCACAGUUUAUUGGGCCAGUAAUAUUAACUGUAACAUUUUUACAAUAAAAUAUAUAAAAUCAAUCUAUGUGGUAAUUUAUGUAUUUAUGUUAUGACCUAUAAAGAUAAUUCCUGGUGUUGAAUAUUUUUUUUUUUUUUUAAAUAAAGUACUUUCUUUAAAAUUUUCAGUGCAACUGGCAGACCUCUCCCACACCCGGAAGAGUUUUAUCCUAUAAACCAUUGCCCUAUUGCCAAGCAAGGGUUUAUUGGAUCAGUAUUUUAUCCCCAAAAUUGCAUGGCUGCUCUCAGUUUACACAUGGUCUACUCCAGUAAAUCUGGGAUUAUGGCAUUUCUGGAAGGACAUCUCAAACCAUGUGAUGCAUGCAGUGUGAAUAGCCACAACAAAUGGUCUACUCCAGUAAAUAUGGGAUAUGACAGGUCUGGGAAGAGAUCCCAAACCAUGUGAUGCAUAGCCACAACAAAUGUAUCAUGUGUCUGAUUAACAGGAAACAUGGGUGAAGCUACACCCCAGGAAGCAAACUUAUGUUUCUUAUUUAGCAGCGUUUGACAGGCAUGGUGUUAUGGUGGUUAGAGCAGCAUUUCCAAAAUAGUGUGCAAAAUUGGGGUUCCACCAUGAUUUCACCACAUCCAUCAUGGCCGCCACUCCUUACUGCUACCGGAAGUUGGAAACCGCAGAGAUUGCGAGACUGCAAUCUUAUUCCCUUUUCAUUAUUCUCGCCAUUGUCAGCCAGACGGUCACGUGUAGGAAACCUCAUUCUUUCAGGCUUUGCUAUUUUUCAGUCAGUAUUGUGCCCAAUCUGGCUUCACAUAGGAGGGAAAGUAUUUGUUUUAUUGCGCUGUCCUUUAGAUGAGCCCCCAAUGUGGCAUCUGAGGAUUGGGUUUUUUCCAAACUGUGCGGUGGAAAUUUGUAUAUCACACGUUUGCCCUAAUUUACUUGUUUGUUUUUGUAAAAUUUUGUUAGAAAUCAUUUUAUUUAAAAAAUAAAUAACUAUUCUGCUUUUAAGUACUGUUUGCUAUAUGUAGAAAUCAAACCGUGCAUAUAUACCAAAAAGCAUUGCUUCUACUCCCAAAGUACAAAAAUUUGUUUAUUUGGUUUACUAGUUAUGUUACGCAACAAUGCACUUUGCCCCAGUACUGACCCAAAAACCAUGGUUGCUUUACUUGCUUACCAAGAGCUGAGAACAAAACUGCAUCCUUUGUAGUCAGGUAGUGAUUUCCAGGUUAGAGAAUUAUUCUUAUUACUCCAAGACUGAGCGAAUCUUGCAAAAAAAGAAAACAUCACAUUUGCUCAUUAAAAGGUUGUGCUGGGGGGCGUGCCCGGACGUCGAGAGAGAUGACAGCACACUAAACGAGCUCCGCUGUCACGGGCUACAAAACGCGGCUAACACACAUCAUUUUCGGCCUACCUCCGUCCCAGACCACGAGGAAGAUGUUCCAACACCACUCGAAGAAAUCCGCGGAGGCUAAAGAAAAAUCAGCCUUCUUUGCUGCAAGAACGCCGCAGCAUAAACCGGCCGACCAGCAGGCCCAAGAUGGCGCCGACACAGACUCUGAUGCAGACCGUGCCAGCACAGCCGGUAAGCAAGCAGACACCCCACUCACACAAAAUCUCUUGCAAACUAUGCUAGAUGCAGCAGUGGCCAAAAUGCAAUUCACUGUCACUGAGGCUAUCAAUGACAUGAGACAAGACAUUACUAGCCUUGAAACACGAACCUCACACCUAGAGGGGAACAUGGGAAGGCUCAUUGCAGCUAAUGCUGACACAGAAGAGCGCCUCAGUAAGAUUGAAGACAAACUUUAUCUCCAGGAAACCAAAAUAGCAGAUAUUGAGGACAGAUCGCGCCGCAACAACAUACGCCUGAGAGGCGUACCGGAAGAAAUAGGACCCCAAGAUUUAACAGCAUUUGCCACACCAAGAGAAGGUCUAAACCUCCUGCGACAAUGGGGCCUGUCCCGGAACCUCCAAUCCAAUUUCCAGACCUCCAGCAAAAACACAGAAGAAGAAAGGCGCCCUCAAAAAGCGAGACGCACGUUCCCGAGGGAAGACUGAAAGUCGGCGCCCGGUGACAGCAAGUUAAAACCAAGUUUUACCUAAUGCCUAACUGUUAUACAAUGUGUUAAUAUAUGUCACGUUAUGUCUGAAAAUAUAGAAAUACUCAUAUCUUAUCCCCACUGACACUCCCUACUAAAGAGAGCCGGGGCAAAAUAUGUGACACCCCCCCCUCCCCCCCAAUAAACCCAGAGCCACAAACGCUACACUAACUAGGCCAUCAUCCAUGACGGCCAAUGCCUCAACCACUAAUUUUAAGACCUCUCGCUCUUCAUUAAGGUGCUGAUUGUGCCAAAGCGUUACUAGCCAAAAGGAACCAGCAACGGAGAGAACCCGACCCAAAAUGAGCCCUAAGCGGCCUUCAUGCGACCCGACCCGCUCACACCACUCCCAGUUAGGAAGUGCCAUAGCUACGGCACAUACCUCUGAAAGUCACCAUUAUAUGAUAUUUUCUUUACUUAAUACCUAUUUAAUGUUUGAUUGUUAUACUGUAUUUGUUUUGUUUCACUCUGUAUUUUGUACUACGCAACUGACUCACUUCUCUAGGUACCAAGACUGAACCACUGACAAGGUUGUAAUCGACCAAGAAUAGCCACUCGGUCACACCCACCGCCCCAGCAGACCUACCACUACCAACACUGACGAGAAGCCCUACCAUAUAACUCCCAGAUGAUGAAGAUACUUACCCACAAUGUUUGCGGGCUCAAUUCGCCCAACAAACUGCAUACCCUCCUUAGAGAGCUAAAUAACAUACAAGCGGACAUAGUCUGCUUACAAGAGACGCAUUUCAAACACGACUCUAAAUCCACCCUAGGACUUAAGAACUUCCCACACCAGUUCCACGCUACCUCCCCAACUAAGAGCAAAGGAGUGUCAAUCCUAUUGAGCCACUCUCGAGCCUUUGAUCUCAUCUCGCUCCAACUUGACCCGCAAGGCAGAUUCAUCAUAUUAAUAUGCACCCUGAACAACAACACACACUAGUUAAUUCCUAUUCCCCAACGACAACCAGAGGCCGUACCUAGCUUCACUCCUUGCUAACGUGGAGAAGCACCAGACAGGUACCACAGUUAUCAGCGGGGACUUUAAUCACUUACUGGACCCCAAUGCAGACUCUACAGCCCGACACUCCACUAAACGGAACAAAUCCCUACACAAAUGCUGCAACUCCAUGAACAAACUACCGUCCUCGCAUGGCCUCUAUGACAUAUGGAGAACCUUACACCCUAACACUAGGAAAUACACCCACUACUCCCAAGUCCAUAAUACGUACUCCCGUAUAGACGGGUUCCUAAUGAGCAGCGCAAACCUACAACAGAUCAGAGCAUGCGACAGAAGACCAUCCACAAUAUCGGAUCAUAGCCCAGUCGUGUUAACCCUCACAGACUCCUACCAAUAUAAAAAUCGAAGCCCCUGGAGAUUAAACGAGUUUAUCCUCAUUCAUGGAGAAGACACGCAGAGAAUUGGUCCUCUACCUAGCAACCAAUACCCCUGACGGUCCCACUCCCACCACACUGUGGCUAGCACACAAACCAGUCAUUAGGGGGAUACUAUUAAGUAGGGCAGCCUAUCUCAAAAAGAUCAGUCAUACCGCAAGGAUCACAUUCCUCAAAAAAGUCCAAGACCUCCACAGACUAAGCCAGGUGAACCCCUCCCAAGCUCUCCAAGAACAAAUACAAACCGCACAAAAUGAAAUCCACCUCCGCAAAGCAAACACAGCACUGAAGAAACUCAAAGCAACGUCCUACUCAAUGGGAAACAAAGCCACGAAACUCUUAGCACAAAGGCUUCGCGACAAGCAAGCACAAACAAGAACACAAUUCAUUUACACACAAUCAGGGCAAAAAGUGAUGCAACCCACGCAAAUAUGCAAUGAAUUUGCUCAAUAUUAUGGCACCCUAUAUAAUCUACAAGACCACCCCAACACACACAAACCCACCCCAGAGGCCAUAAGAACAUAUCUCAACAAGAUAGCACUUCCCAAAAUUCACCCACAACAAGCAACACAACUUGCCAUGCCCAUCACCACAGAAGAGAUCCUCCAUCGUAUUGACAAAAUGCCCAAGGGCAAAGCACCAGGCCCAGGCCCCGACGGGUACACCAACAUAUACUACAAACUGUUCUACCCACUUCGAGACGGCACGAAAAAUACUCUAUAGGUGGUACAUGGUACCUUCCCGACUACAUUCCAUAUACCCUAACACAACGGACAUAUGUUGGCGCUGUAAUUCACAAGAAGGCACUAUGCUCCAUAUGUGGUGGUCCUGCGAGACCGUAAAUAAGCUAUGGAAAACCACCGAACACCUGAUCCGAGAACUCACAGAUUACACCCUGCCACACGACCCAGCAGCAGUGCUUCUCAAGUUAUUUCCAGAUAACAUCCCCAAAGCAACACAGAAAAUUAUAUUCCUUAUACUCAGCACAGUGUCCACCCUGAUAGCCAGAAACUGGAAGACCCCCAUUCUUCCGUCAGUCUCAGAAAUCACAACCCUAAUGUCUGCAACGGUAGACUACGAACUCCUUAUGUGGAACCAAAUGAACAUAGGGAAACUAAGCCCAACCAUUUCCGAGAUGUGGAGAAACCACCUACAAAAGUCAACAACACCUAAACAAAACAGCACAGCCUAACCCGACACAAGGCUAACUUGACCAAGAAAAAUGUUGCCAAUUCAGACCCCGACUAGGUCCAACAUCCCUCCGUAGCACCUUGCCAAACAUAACAACGCUUCCUGGUACCGCACCAAAUACCUCCUCGUUACCCCUUCCACACACCUUCCCCCAGCUCUCCUCUCCUCCCCUCCCACCUCCUCCUUCACCUGCUCUAACACCCUAGACAAGGAAGUCCUGGUAGAGCUACAGAUCUCAACUACUAGCCUCAGAACAUCCCACGACCAUCUCGCAAACCUUGUUUGAACUAACAAAGACAAACACUCAACAGUUACUAAGCAACGAGACCCCCAAACAGUCCCACGGACAGUACACAAAUACAAGGCAGUUCUCAGACCCCCCAAUACUAACAGACAUGUUAACCACUGACUGAUCCAUGCAAAGGACCCCUCCCCACAUAACUUAUGAUCCCUAAUGUGUUACAGCCCCCAGCACUGGAAUAUGUGUAAAAUGUAUGUAUUACUUAGUGUCAGGAUGCACAAUUCUGUAUUGUUCCCCUCCCCUUUUGCCUUCUGUACCCCAUUAUACUUGACAAUAAUAAAGAACAAGUUAUAAAAAAAAAAAAAAAAAGGUUGUGCUGUGGCGCAAAAUUUUUUGGGGGGGUUUCUCAAUGUUGGUACACUAUGUCAAAGGGUUCCACGGGGAAAAUAAAAUGAACUGAAACCCAGGCUUAGAGUAAUAUUUAACAUUCACAGAUAUUGAUUUGCAUUGUGUGGCAGAACAUACUAUUCCUUUGUAAAGCUUUAAACUUUUCGUCUGUUCAGGAGUUAUUGUAUCCGAACCCAGUUGGUUAGACUCCUGAACGUGGACCACCCCAGUACCUCACUAGAACCCUGGAAAAACCGUUAACAUUCAUGCGAAAUCACAAGGAAAAUAAUUGAGUGCUUCCCCUGGAUGGCUGCUCUUUCAUGUAAACAAAUGCACGUGGUCGACAAAAGAAUGGCGGCAUCUUUUCUCCCAAACGUAGGCAGCAGUGCUUGGUCGUCGAGUGCUUGGAACUCUUUUCGGCAAUGCAAUCGCACAAACCCCAGUAAAGAUUGUACUGCUUCCCGUCCCACUUCUCCACCAGCUAUACGAACAGCGUUUGGGAGAUAUGAACUACCCACUGGGGGGAAAGCAUUCUCUCCAUGAAAGCAAGAGAAUAUCUUGUACAGCGUUCGCACCGGAACCCCAGAACAGUCAGAGCUUUACCCCGGUGCUGAUUCUAUUCUACUGAACGGAUCUGAGUGUUAUUUUGCCAGGUUAGGUGCUAUCCAGGGAUAUGACACUUGUGGGGUUUCUGUUAAUAUUGGGGAUAUGAAUAUUCUGUAUGUUUCCCUGUAACGAGAGAUAAUUGAGUUACCUUUUAUAUUCAAUUAUCUCCCAGACACAGGGACACUAGGGAGUGGCUUGCUAUGUUUCUGUAUGGAGACCCCAUGCUUGGGGUCUGUGUAUAAAUUGAGUGUGUUUUUGUCUGAAUAAUCCAGAUGAUUCCCAGAACUAUGUCUCCUCUAGUUACUGGAGGGAUAAGCGCGUAAUCACACAGUUUCCAGUUGGCUGAGAGGGAAAAUAGCGGAGUCGGGUUACCAGGAGUCCGCUACACAUUAUCAGUGGUCUCUUAUAUAAUAAUGGGCGCUGACCUGGUUAUUAAGGGAGCACUGGCUCCGGACCUGUUAUUGUUAUUUCACUUGUUAUGAUGUAGUUUAAGUUCUUGCUUUUUUGAUAUCACAUAGGGUGGUCAUGUUCUCUUGGCAAUAAAAACUUUACAAGGUUGUAGUGUAAUAUAUAAAUGCAUGAAUUAAAAUAAUUUACUGUACACUAACUUAUCUCAGUUCCCACAUAAUAUACAUCCCUAUUUGUCAUAUGUAAUGGGUUAAGCGGAGGAAUUCCGAUACAUUUACAUAAUAGAUUAGUCCAUUGGAUUUGCAUAUUGCUCCCGCUGUCUGCGUGGGCACAGUUAAUGCUGUGUUCAGUAGGAAGGCUGCAGGGCCGAUUGAUUAAUGCUGAGCCAUUUUCAUGCAAUCUAUAAUUAUCUUUUAGUAUAGUCAUUUACUUUAUUUAUAUAUAUUUUUUCAAAUCAAUUAUUUGCUCAAAUACAUGAGAUUAUUUUUUUAAAGGGAAAGCUUAAAGGGGCGGUCUAAGCACCAAAUCACCUAAUCGUGGUGAAAUGAUUUUGGUUCAUGGAUGCUGCCCCCGAAGCCUGGUUUCUCAGCAACUGCACGGUUUGAUUUUUGCAGCCCAUAUACUUCUAGUGGCUUUUAGCCAGAGAUCCACCAGGAGAAUCAGACUAAUACUGGGGAGGGGGUGCACAUUGCAUUAUAUUGGCAGAUCAUGGCAAUUGCUGCGCAUGCCUAAUUAUGUCUUCAGUUCUCAUUAGUGAGGAGUGUCUCUGUGCUGGUACCUUUUUAAGAAAAAAUGUAUUUAUUAUAUUUAUUUAGUUUUAUGGGGCAGGGAGCAUUAAUCUAAAAAUAUACCAUGACCACGUUACUGAUUUGAAUUGGUCACUGUGCAUCAGGUUUUAUGUGCAAUGGUUCAGUAUGAAAUGUUGCUGAUACAAAGUUUAACUCCUUUGGCUGAGAGUGAUUGGCAGGAGCUGCAGAAGAUUGAUGUAGUCACUGCCCACUUGAGGACCCUCAGCACACAGCGGAGACACAGGUAAAAGGGCAAACUGUUGCAAAACUAUUUGCCCAAUUACCAAGAAAUUGGGCCAGGGCUGUAGUGGUUAUGAAGCUUAGACUAACACUUUAACCCCUUAAGAACGACCUCUGUCCUUAAGGGGUUAAAGUGUUAGUCAAAGCUUCAUAACCACGCGGCAUAGAACGUCUUCGCUGUCCAGGGGACUUACCGGUCUGCGGCAACACUUAGUCACAAACAGUGGCCAAAAUUAGCGUUCAUAUUUGUUUUUUGCAUUUUCACACACAAAUAUGAACGUUACAUUUUAAUUUCAAUAUGUAUAAACGGAAAAAUGAAACGUGCUAUAUUUGACCCUGUAACUUUCCAAAACACCAUAAAACCUGUACAUUGGGGGUACUGUUUUAGUUGGUAGACAUCACUGAAUACAAAUGUGUAUAUUGCAGUAAAGCAAACUGUAUUAUGGCCUUAACAGUUUAAUAACGAAGUAUAAUAACUAUUAUGGCUGUUCCUUAUUAUUAUUCUAAUAUUGUGUUUCUUUACAUUAAAAGGUGAUUUGUAACUUAAGACGUGCUUUAGAGAAGCAAAAACAGAAGCUUGAAUUAAUGCGAACAUUCACUCACUGGAGACUUCAGCAUUCAGAUGCCAGACAAGAGGUAAAGUCUGAAAGCAGGGUAUGCUGGGCCCACAGUCUAUCAAGGCAUGUUGUUAUAUAUUAGAAAUGAUCCAUCAAACCUCAAAUUCAUUUUAAUCCACACCCAAAUUAAUCGAUUCACCCUGGAUUUACCUUAUCGAAUAGGGCUCCACAGUUAAAUCCCAGAUGGAAUGAAAUACAUUUUUGCAUUAAUCUAUUCUACAUCAGUCUAUAAAUAAAUGUUUUUUGCACAGAAGAAAUCUCUAAUUUGUUUUCUGAACAGAUUAGCAGCACAGCUCACAGUCAAACAAUGUACAAUAACACGUAAUUACAAACUUAAACCAGCACCCUGAGUCACAAUUAAUACUUUGCUGUAAAAUGCAUUUUGUUUUUAUCAUGAUUCAUUGACUUCCAUGUAACAUAGUAUUAUAGACACUGUGAGGCUACACAAAUAACAAAUUGGCAAGGGAGCGUGGCUAGCUGAGACACAGAGCAGACGUAUGUGUGGUGCUCCGGCUCCACACACCAAAAAAGAGGCCUCAUUGCCGCAAACAGAACCUCAAAAAAGAACCCACAGACUCCUUAAUACCCCCAAAGUGCAAUGGGGCGCCAACAUAAAAAAAAAAAAAAAACCGCUCGCCCAGAGAGUGUAAAUCACCCAUGGCAAACAUAGCCACUUGGACACUAUAAAGAGACUGUGCCUUUAAGGGUUGCCUAUAUGGUUGUGGGAUAUGGGCUUAAUUAUGUUGAAUGUAUGCGGGUUGUAAUUUACAUGUAUUUGUUGUAUUGGCUAUCUGCCGAAUGCAGAUAGCUGUUUGUAUUGGAUUUUUCUUUCGUUUCACGAACGGCAUUUUUGCGGGCCGUUCGUGAACCGAAAACACCCCCAUGUAGUAGCCCACACACUUAGAGGCGUGUGGCGCUUGUUAACCGAUUGCAACAAUGUUGCAAUCGGUAAUUAGAGGCUUUCCUAGGUGGCCGCCGUUCGACUACCGACCAUGCGGCGGUCGGCCAUCUUGGAUCCUUUGUUCCCUCAGCGGUGUUAGGUCGUCGAGCACAUGGUACUAAAAACGGCUACUCGACGGCACGAACACCGCUGAGCCUCCAGGCCGUUUGGGAGCUCCGGGCCAUUCGGUACUUUGUUCCCUGGAAGGCAAUCGGUCAUUUAAAUAUGUAUUUUAAUAAAUGUGUUUUUCGUGCGGCGUUCGGUUGGUUUAGCUGGGAUCUGAGAAGUAAUCUCACGAAUGAUGCGCUCAGACCCCAGCUAUCUACCGAACGUCCAUUCGUGCAAAUAGACCGUAUAUUACCACAGUUAUGCAUUUUAAUAUAAAUUGUCGGUUCUGCUGCACGGAGGGAUAAUCCACUUAACGGUACCUUCCAGUGGGAGGAUCCCUCUCGUGCAGCAGUGCCUGAUGGGAGAAAUGCCCUGUAUUGUAAGUCCCCCGUGUAGUCCCCUCUGGGAAUGCCCCUGGGAGGGGACUCAGGAAACCCCUUGCAUGGGGACUUGUAUAAAUUGUGGAGCUGAAAAUAAAGACCUCAGUUGACUCUCAGAACUGUGUUUCGUCCGGUUACUGGGAGGUUUGGGAUAUUGCCUUGCUUUUUCCAGCGCUUGACUGUGGAUUACUUCCUGAACCAGCGGAAUUCGUGGAUUUAAUAUUGGCGUUCCGCUACAACCCAGACAUCCGACUAUCCUUCGCCCGAUUGCAGGCCCGAAAACACAUGGCGUCGGGGAGGCCACAUGGCACAAGUGAUUCCAUGGACGAUGAGAGAUUGCCACAAAAUGCCAGUUGAGUAUACCUACGGGCAGACUCGGACUCAGACACUUCUCCCUCUAAGAAGGGGGACAUUAAAAAAACUUCUCUAGAAUCAAAGAGCAGUAUGGAAGGCAGACCGAAAUUGGUGGGUUGCGGCAGCAGAUUGGGAAGUGGAAUACAGAGAGGAAACUGACUGAACUCCCAAGUAGUAGCCCUCACACAACAGGUCCAAAGCCUCUCCCGUAUGGUAGCAUCUCUGGAGGCAAGACACUGCUGGAAAAAUGUCCAGUGAGCCCAGAAGCACUACUGGACUUCGCCCACAAGGUGACAUGGGCAAUGCGAGUCAGAGAAGCAGGAGAUUCACCGCACUUCGUGGCAGUCUUCAGAAUAAGGAAGGCACCGACCGCCCCAGCGGAUGCACCAGAGACGAGAUUGCGUUAAUCUGGGACAAAGCAGUGAAUUCGUCCAUUAUGGUCUGUUCCAGAAAUUACCCCAGCGUACAGGUAGACAACUGCAGGAUUACAGUCUACGCAGACUUACCCCUCUCAGUCCUGCUGGCCAGACGCAGGUUCCUGCCCAUCACCAAACUCCUGAGAGAACACCGCUUCAGGUACCGGUGGGGAGUCUUGGGAACCCUAGUAGUGCCAAGGGGGAUGAGGUCCUUGUCCUUUCUGCAGAAGCUCCAGCUUCCAACACAACAGAGAGCCAGAGUCUAGGGACCCUCAGCGACCAAGAUGCAAUGGGAGUCAAGGUCUAGCGUGGUGGAAAACAAAGAUACUCACAGGCUGCAGGGCCCUCCAUAGGACUGCCCAUAUCAAUGGUCGUUAUGGGACUUCAUCGAGCAGUGACAUAUCCUGGGAUCCUUGGUAACCUGCUGCUGUCCAGUUGCAGACAGAAAACUAUAUAUGUUUUACCUGCCACCACUUGUUUUGGGUUUAAUGAGCUUUUGACAGUCUCAUAAUGCCAUAAAUAUUACAUUAGUAAUAGCAUUGUUAAAGUAUUGUAAGCCCUUACAUGUUUCUCAAUGAUGUAACUACCAUUUCACCAAGGUAUACUGAUGUUUUAUAUGUAUCACAAUGUGCAAUAAACUUUGUAAAACCAUCCACACCAAAAAUAAAGAAUAUAAAAAAAAAAAAACACCUGUUGUGUAUAUUUUAACUCCCAUCAGCCUUAGCCAGAAUCUCAGUGAGUAUGAUAGGAUCUGUAAUCCAGUAGGGUCUGGCAACUUCUUGCACUCAUUUUGAAUAAAAAUAAGGGCAGAGGUUAAAAAAAAGUACACUUUUUUUUUUUUCUUUCCUUCUCUCUUUCUUUCUCUUUCCUUCUCUUUCUUUUUCUUUCCUUCUCUUUCUUUUUCUUUCCUUCUCUUUCUUUUUCUUUCCUUCUCUUUCUUUCCUUCUUUCUUUCCUUCUCUUUCUUUCCUUCUUUCUUUCCUUCUCUCUUUCUUUUUCUUUCCUUCUUUCUUUUUCUUUUCUUCCUUUCUCCCUCCUUUUCUUCCUUCCUCCCUCCUUUCCUUCCCUUCCUCCCUCCAUUCCUUCCCUCCCUCCCACAAGUUUGUCCAAGGUGUCUGGGGGUCACCAUGCAGAAGUUGCACAAAACUGAUAUUGCAAGCCUGGCAGAGUGUAUUCCAGCCGGCGCACACACAGCGCAGGGGGGCAGACAACCAUUUUUUGAAAAGAAAGGCUGCAGAGACCGGGUAUUUACACCAUAAUCACUUCAGUAAGUGUUGUACUUAAUUUGUAUGUUUCAUUAAUAAUAGCAAUUUCUUAUUGCAGGAAUAUGCAUGUAGUGUGGCUGAUAGACACUUUAAGAACACUCUAAUAAAGAACGUGUGGAGGGCUUGGCGUUCUGUUGUUGAAUCUAACUGGAAGGGUAAAGUUGAAAAAGCUUGUCGAGCACGAGCAGAAGAAGUUUGUGUGGAUAUGUCUAACGAUUACGAAUCCAAGAUAACACAGGUAAAAUACAUAUUUCUAAUUAGCCAAAUGAAACUGGUCCUUAGCUACAUGUACACAUAGAAGUCUAGGCCACUGCAUUUUAAUAUGUACUUUUUUUAUUUUUAUUAUAAACAAACUGCAUGGUAGAUUAAACAGGCCUGCUGGCUGACUGACAGCCAGGGAGGUUUAACAGGAUUUAUUUAGAAAAUUACAGAUUUCUAUUGAAAGCAAGCUUGUGUUUUGUGUUCUGAGUUUUGUGUUCCUUUAACCCCUUAAGGACACAUGACAUGUGACAUGUCAUGAUUCCCUUUUAUUCCAGAAGUUUGGUCCCUAAGGGGUUAGACAUUGUAUUUCAGUGAAUAUAAAUACAGAUUAAGAAAAGAAAACCUCAGUGGGCUGUUUUUUAUCAUCCUAAACACACCCCUAUAGAGGUCUUCAGUUUUUCUGAACAUACAAAUUGUUUUAGAUGCUUUCUUCUCUCUGUUAUUUCUUAUUUUACUUACAUUAAUAUCACUCUUAGCUAAACCAUUCCCUAGAAGAUGCCAGAGCAGAAGUGCAAAGACUUAAUGAAGAGCGGGAGCAAUUUGAGGGUUCGAUGAAGAAAGCUUUCAUGCGUGGCGUCUGCGCAUUGAACAUGGAGGCAAUGUCCAUGUUUCAAGGAAAAGAAAGCCAAAUGGACAAUGGUUUGUACUGCAAGUUAUUGCAUCUGUCACAAAAAAGACACAGCACGAAGCCAGUUUAUUUUAUACUUUAAGCACCAGAACCACUACAGCUUAAAGUAGUAGAUUUGGUUUAAAGUGACACUAGUGCCACAAUUGUAAGCACUGCCUUUUCUUUGGAACGGUAGUGUUUACAUUUGUCUCCAAGGCAACCUUUUAAUGGCUCUUACUCAUAUGGUCACUAGAGGUGCUUCGUAGUACAGUCCUGCAAUCUUACAUGGCUAGUGUUUGGUGUCCUUAGGUUCUCCUUGAAAACACCAAAAGCUCCCCACAGAUGUACUGUGAUAAUGUUUCACUAUAAGGAGAUGCUGAAUGGUGCAGAGUGCCAAUUGCCAUGGUUGCGCAGUAAAUUCCGCAAUGCUUCUCUGUAGCGAAACACUGGAUUGGCUGAGAUCAUCAUUAAUGAUGAUCUAACCAAGAGGAGGAGCAACGACUUCCAAGAGACCAGCUUAGCCAAGGAUAAAAGUUUAGUUAAGUGCCUACAUCUAAGCAGUUAAAGGAACACUACUGUUAGGAAUAGUUUGUAUUCCUAACAUUAUAGACAUGGAGUGGCUGUUUAGAUAUCCCCCUUAGAUUGCAGUAAAAAGGUAUUUAAAUCACAUUUUUCCCUCGCUGCAUCUGGCCCCGCCUCCAUGGCUGAGAUAAUCUAUUUUGGAUUGAUCAUAGGAAAGCAUUGGUAAGCCGUUGCACAUUCGCGGAAAAACACCACGCCAUGCCAAUCUGCAGAGUGUGAAGACGUUGAACGUAGGUCCUGCACACAGUGUAGAAUUGUGAUAGGAAGCACCUCUAGUGGCCAUUUGAGUGACUGUCACUAGAGGUGGUACUAGCCAGCAAUGUAAACACACUACCUUUUCUCUGAAAAGGCAGUGUUUUACACUGAAAAAUCUGCAGGCUAUAUUAAUAUUACAUAAGAGAUAUAGAUAUAUAGAUAUAUAGAUAUAGAUAUAUAUAUAUAUAUAUAUAUAUAUAUAUAUAUUAUAUGCUGUAGUGGUUCUGGUGACUAUAAUGUCCCUUUAAGAAGUAGCUCUAAUGAUAGAAAUAAAAGUUUUUAAGUUGGAGUUCUCCUUUUAAUGUAAAGUUCUUUAUAAUGUGCAGUUAUGCUGGCACAGACACUCUCGCAUUCUCUGUCUCUCAAAGCAAGGUCAGCAUUAAUACAGAGACAGGACUGAGUUUCUUUCUACAUUCUGGAUAAUGUUGUUUUAGGUAGAGCCAUGGCACAAUUUCUUGUAUUUCAAUGCUGAAAUAAGACAUCAGUUUUCUGAUGUUGUUCAUUUUUGAGUUUGCUUUAAGGCUAAUUCGGAUAUAGAUUUAUUAUUAUUAUUGCCAUUUAUAUAGCACCAACAGAUUCCGUAGCGCUUUACAAUAUUAUGAGAGGGGGGAUGUAACUAUAAAUAGGACAAUUACAAGAAAACUUACAGGAACGAGAGGUUGAAGAGGACCCUGCUCAAACAAGCUUCUAGUCUAUAGGAGGUGGGGUACAAAACACGUUAGGACAGAAAAUAGCAAUCAAAUAAGGUGGGAGUGAAGCAGAGCUGGAGGAGAGAGUAAAGCACUGCCCUAUAGGAGAGAGCAAGAGACAGGUAUGUGAGGUAGAGGUUACUCUGGGAGGCCCUAAGCUUUCCUAAAUGAUUGAAGACUAUGGGAGAGUCUGAUGGCGGUAGGCAGGCUAUUCCAUAGGAAAGGAGCCGCCCGUGAGAGGUCCUCUAAUAAUUAACUGGUCAACAAGUUCAUUAAAAUCUUUCUGACUUACCUCCCAUGCUAACUAAAACCUUGCCCUGUGCGCAUUCGUCUUUUUAUUCCUCCGUUACCACUCUGUAACACAGAUAUUUUAUUUUCCACCAGAAUGAUUUUGUCUUGACUUCAGUCAGCUUGCAGAUCUCAUGUGGCCACUAGGGGUCAACAUAAUACAGAAUACAAAAUGUAUUGAGUGUAAAAACCACCGAUUUUCAGACCAGUGACACCUCAGUGAAUCUUUGUUUAUAAAUAGAAUUGCCAGUGCUAAAUGCCUAGUAACUCUUUGUAAGUUAAGUUCUUCACUAUUGUUUAAAAAAAAAAAAAAAACAACGCUUAGUCUUGUAGUCCUAUAUUUUAUGGGAGAGUAUUUCAUAUUGAAAGAUCACUUUAAAACAGUCAUUGUGUGGCACUGUGAAUGACUUUCUGAAAUGACUGCAAUUUACUGUAUAUACUAGAGUAUAAGUCGACCCGAAUAUAACCCUAAUUUUACCCAAAAAAACGGGGAAAACUUAUUGACUCGAGUAUAAGACUAGUGUGGGAAAUGCAGCAGCUACUGGUAAAUUUCUAAAAAAAAAAUUAGAUCCCCAAAAAAUUACAUUAAUUGAAUAUUUAUUUUGUGUAUAUAAUGAAUGCAGUGUGUGUGUAUGAAUGCAGUGUGUGUAACUUUGGUGGGGGGUGGGCAUUUUUAUUAUUUUUUUUUAAUUAUUAUUGUAAUAUUAAACUUUUUUUAAAUUAUUUUUAUUUUAUUUUAAUAUUUUUAAAUUUUUUUUAUUUUUAUUUUUUUGUCCCCCCUCCCUUCUUGAUACAUGGCCAGGGACGGGGGCUCUCAUUCCCUGGUGGUCUAGUGGCAUGGGCUGUGUAGGAGGGGGGCUGGCAGAGAGCUGUAACUUACCUUUCCUGCAGCUCCUGUCAGCUCCCUUCCCUCUCCUGCGUUCCGGUCAGCUCCCUUCUCCUCCAGUGUAAGUCUCGCGGUGUGACUGCCGCGCGGAGCGUUGCCACGGUAACCCGUGGCAAUGCUCUUACCCCGCGGCUCUCACGAGACUUACACUGGAGGAGAAGGGAGCUGACCGCACCGUAGGAGAGAAAAGGGAGCUGCAGGAAAGGUAAGUUACAGCUCUCUGCCAGCCCCCAACAAGACCGCCGGGCUUAUUACAAGGUCCUUGUCUGUAUUAUGGCAAUGUAAGUUGGCAUAAUACAGACACUCACUCGAGUAUAAGACGAGUGGGGGUUUUUCUCAGCACAAGAAUUGUGCCGAAAAACUCGUCUUAUACUCGAGUAUAUACGGUACUUCAAUCUUCUAGUCAGAUGGAAUAUUAGAAAAUGAAUAAAUCAGUCCUGUGUUUUAAUGAAAUGCUUGAGUUCUCGUGCAAUGCUGAUUUCAUUAUAUUUUGCAGAUCCUAUACCGAGGAGAGAGGAAUUUGGCUCUAGCCCUUCGGUUACAUUGCAGCAUCCAGCCACAACAUCGGCUCAUAUGGCUUCAUCCCAGCACGACCCACCUUUGUCAUUCCACCCUCCUCCAUCAGAGCAAAUUGUAAGAGCUAUGUACUAACAGCAAGACUAUAUAUGUCAGCAGGCCUGAUUUUAACACAGAAAUCUGCAGUAUACAGUGUUUAUUCUGCAGCAUGAGGAUUCUAGUUAUGUAGAUAUAGAAAUAUGUAAACGUAGAAGAUAGGAUUUGCCUAAUAUCAACAUCGAUGGCACAUCUCGUUUGUGUAUUAUCGAUAUAUACUGUGUGCUGUGGAUGACUGGCAAAUGCAAGUCUGCAGGUUUUGUCUGUGGUGAGUAGGUGUGUUCAAGCAACUACAGGGAUUAAAGGGGCUGUUCUGGGUCCAUGUCUCUUCAACCUGUUUAGUAAUAAUCCUGCAAUAGACGUUUACAAAUCUGUGUCCGUGUGUGCAGAUGUCACAAAGCUAGGUGCAGUAGUAAAGUGUGAGCACAAUAUUACUUCAAUAAACAGUGAUUUGGUACAUUAUGGGACUGAAUCGCCAAGUGGCUUAUAAGAAGUGAUGUAGAUAAAUGUAAAGUUAUAUUGUUUUUCCUGUAAAGAAACCAUGCCUCUGCAGUAGGGGAAAUCUCCUCUCUUCAAUUCUAAUUCUAGAGUGGCAUGCAUUUUGUGGUGGACAUGGACAAUGCAUAUACAGAAUCCUCUUCCUAGAGAGGCUGUCUUAUCAGAUUUUGUACACUUGCUUAAACAUCUGCCUUUUUGGAAAAGUAGAAUAUUUGAGACCUCGAAGAUGGACGGAGGGCAAGUCAUUAUUUAUUAGCAAUAUUAGGAAAGCAACAAUAUAUACCUAGAUCUUCAGUCCUACGCUACUACCCAGGUGUUAAUCAUUUCCCGACACUCCUAGUCUAGUGAGUCCAUGGUACACUUACGAGAAACCGUGCAGUUUGUCAAAGCGACUGGUAUGGUGUUUGCCUCAGACGUCAUGUGUUUGGGUUUCAAGUGUACUACAAUGUUACAUAAAUAAACUUAUAUUCCCAAGGAUUGCUUGGACAAUGAAACCGUGUCUCCAGGCAUGAUUUGUUGUGCAGUCUGGAUCUGAACAUUAACUCACUGCUACUAGCCAGAUGCCACAGGAAUUCACUAACUGAAAGUAAAUCAGCAAUCGUCUGAACAAAUGGUCUGCCUCAAACAAUCUUCUGAAACGCCCCUUCUUUUGGCCUAUUUUGACAACUUUACUAACAUUGAGUUCUAAUGAGUAUAUUGAAAGCAUUUCAUAAGCCAGUGUUUGGGUGAUUUUACCAAUAUUUACUGCCCUUUUCCAGAAACCAGCAAUGCUUUAGUUAAUAUCUCUAGAACUCGAAGAGUUAAUGCUGCCGAGACCAUUUGUUUAGCACAUUUCAUUUAAAAUGGUAAGGGAAACGCUACUGGAUAUUUUCAGGCAUUUUUAUUUCUUUUCUUUUUAUUUCCUUCCAGUAUAGGCACCACUUUGUCCCAUUAAGUUCUUCCCAUUCAAAGGAAGAUGGAUGCACCCCAGUUGUAAUGUCUGCCACAGCGUCCGGGUCCAGUAUAUUAUCAACACAGAAGCUGGUAUGUACUCAUUGGGACAUGUCAUCAUUAAUUAUACUGUUAAACCAAAGUUUCUGUUUUUCUAUCUAUAAAUAUCUUCCAUAUUGUAGCUUUUACAAACAUGAAAACUGUACACAGUAUUAAAAUAUAAAAUUGGUUUAAAGAACACUAAAUUAGGAGGAAAACAUGUUUUUCCUCCUACAUUUACACUUCAUUCUACUUCUCACAAUAAUUUUGUUGUUGGUGUCCAUCUGUAUGCCCUUUUAUGCAAGCGGAGCAUUUCCUCGUGAUAGCAAGGGGACCUCUCCUGUUUCUAGUGGAGGACAAGCAAUUGGCUGAAAUAACUGAGCUGUUUAGUUUCAGAGUUAAAAGCUUUAAAUGGCUUUUUUUUUAUUUUUUACAUUUUAUGAGGGAUGCAAAUUGCGGAAAUGGUACACCUUUUUCCACCUAAUUUUAGAGAUUUUUGUUUAAUAUUAUUAGCCCCCAACAAGGGUCGUUACCUCGGGUCAGCAGAAGGCUGGAAGGACAAUAACGGCGCGUGUCACAGCUCGGUCAGAUCUGGCACAGAAGUUUAGCAAGACUGGAAGUAGUGUGAUGUCUAUGGCUGUUUCCCCACCCAUGGCCUCUGUUGUAGUUGAAAAACAUCAUCCAGUAACUCAGGUAUGCAAUUCACAAUGAACGCAAAACAUGAAAUAACAAAACUCGAAAAAGAUACACACUAAAACCACAACAGGACUUGACCACUUCUGCAUUUGGUGUCUUACAGUCAUACAAGGCCUUCAUGCCAAACCUUGCUGGCUUAACACAUGGCUGAAUCUUGGAUAUGAAAUUACAUUUAAAUCAGGAUUCUAUGUUUCACAACGUGGCUCCUAUCGAUGCCAUAUUAAAAUACAAUGAGAGCAUCUCAGAGAAAUAAAAUACAGAAUAUUGUAGCAUCCGUGGAACAUAACUAGCAUAACGCAGGGAAUUAACUAUGUGCUUAGCAAGGAUUCAAAGCAGGUUAGAAUGGAUUUAGGGAGUAAAUCCCUCACCCACUAAUGGUUAACCGCUUGAUGGCAGACAAUGUCCCAGGGCCUCCAUGUAAUCAUUUGACUGUGAUGGAAAAAAAAUGCAGAAUGUCUUUGCUUUUUAUUCUUUUUAGCACUGAAGACCUUACCACCCACCCUCUGCUGGUGGGGCCAGAUCAGUUAGUGAACCUGGCUUGUUAGAAUAAGGAAAAGAAUAAGGCUUUGGGUGUAUGAACACACAGGAUUUGUAGAUAUACAUACUCAUACAAGCCAGGCUUUAUAUAGAAUAUCUUCAUAUAAAACCAAGGUUAUAAUGGAAAGUGAAUUAAAAUGUUUCAAGUUUAAUAUAUAAAAGCAAUGACUUGAGUUGGCACAGUUAAUACUGCAGAACACUGUUAAAAAUCCAGAAAGGAUAAUCGCUUUGCCUAACAAUUAGCAGAUACUCCUAAAUGUUAAAUAUUGUGUUCACACUUUGUUCAUGCUGCCCAUAGAGUGUGAAUGCAUGUGCAUCCCAUUGUAAAACACUACGGAAUUUGAUGGCGCUAUAUAAAAAAUAAUAGUGUAUAGAUAAUUUUUUACCAAAAUGUUUGAUAGUUUAACAUAUCCUUGGAUUAAUUUGAUCUGCAACAUUUUUUAAAAUAAUGAGAUUAUUUCAAUGCUUUGUGUUAAAAAAUAAACAUUAAAUGAACACUGAAGGCACAAUAACAACUCAAACAGGUUGAAGUGGUUAUGGUGUCUGUAGUCCCUAGGCAUGGGGACCCACAUUACUAACAAAUGGAUUAGUCCUCAUAUAACAGAGAUUCUCAGUCCCAAGCAGCCUGAAGCCCAACCUCCCAUUAUAAAAUGUCAGAGUUAUACUCCCCUUUAUGGCAUAAUGUGGGUAGUGCAUAGUGAUUGGCUGAGAACACCAAUCCUUGGUAUGGUGCAAAGUGGAAUCAUAGCUCCUCUACCAUAUUGUCAUUGGCGGCUGCACUGCAAAGUUUCGGUGAUCGAUCAUCUCCAUUAAAUGGUAAGUAACCCAUUGAUGUGAUUAUGAUGCCAAUAGUGUUCCUUUUGAAGGUGUACUAUGGUCACCAGAAGAGCUACAGCUUAAUGUAGUUGUUCUGGUGUUGGCAUUCAAUAUAAACACUGUUUGUUUUUAGAGAUAAAGCAGUGUUUACAUUGCUCCCUAGGGACACCUCCAGUGGCAGUCUCUCAGAAGGCCACUAGAGGUGCUUCAUGGGUCAGUGCUGCACAAUGUUCAGUGUCUCAACGCUCUGCAUUGAAGCACUGUACAUUCCCCAUUGGAAAGCACUGGAUUGGCUCAAAGUUGAUGAUCUCAGCCAAGGAGGCAGAGCAGGUGAGGGGCCAGCCGCUACGAGACUUGCACAGUUCUGUAAUAAAGACAGGUUAACUCCCCUUUACUCCUCCAACAGGGAUCAGCUAAACCUUGCUUUACACCUAUAGUGUUAGGAAUACAUGUAUGUAUUCCUAACACUAUAGUGUUCCUUCUAAGCAUUGUUAAAAUCGUCAGCCAGUAGAUGCCUGCAGUUAAUACAGCCAUGUUUUUAUGGUCAAUACCUCUUUUCACUUCUGCACAUUAUUCAUGUCUGCCUCCAUCCAGUAAUUCUACCACUUGGCAUUUACCAUUUUGCAGAUUGCAAGUAAAUUAGGAAAUAGGUGCUUUUUCCAGUUUAUUGUUUUAGUAACUCUAAUUAUAAAACGUUUGUUCAGUGCAUGCGCCCUUCACCUGAAAUCAUCUGAUAAGGCUGCCUUUAUAGUUUUCAUCUACCUAACUUGUAAACUUGCACUGAUAAUUAUUGAAAACUACAUCCAUGAUGCAUAUAGGUUGGUUUUGUACUUUGUUCCAAUGUUUUUAGAUUUUUUUUUUUUUUUUUAUAUGGGAUGUAUUGAGUGUAAUUUGUGUUUCCUACUAACUGUAGCUACAGCUAUUUUAAGGAUUACUACCUCAAACCUGGAAGAUGGAAACAAGCCCAAUGUCAGUAAAGCAUUUUGUUCAUAUUACAUUUAGAUGAACCCUUAUCAUUUGUUUUUUCUCUUUAUUAAAGCAAACUAUCUCCCAAGCGACUGCUGCAAACUACCCCCGGCCCUCAGUGCAAAGUGCCAGCUCCACCAGCGGAAGAAGCGCUGCUAAUCCCACCAGCAUCCACACUAUAAAGGUUGUUGACUAGUGUGCCUUGUAGUCUAAUUCAUUGUAAAUACUUCCUGAAAUACUUGCAUUACUUGUCUUCAGACAUGUGGAAUGUAAACAGAUUGACUCUCCUUUACUAAGCAUUCCAUGACUUGGUUAAUAGUGUGCGGUAGCUGUAUUCUGUUUGAGUGACAUUGUUAUUUUUAUAUAUUUUUAUUCUUGUGUUUUUAAGAUUUAAAAUGUUUAUUUUUUAUAUGAAAUAUUUUGUAAUCGUUUUAAAUAUUAUGUGUAUACUUGUUUGUCACGUUUUUUGUUUUUUGUUUUCUUCACCCCAGUCAAAAAUGAUCUGUUUUAGUAAGCAUGUGUGAUAAACAUCACAUUAAUAAGGAAUGUUUACUAAUAGCAAUACAGAUGCAUGUAGUCUGAUAAUAGGAGGCUGUAUAGCAGAAGCGGCCCUUUAAAUGUUUUGUGUUUACCCAUUGUAUGAUGCGUCAGCCAGGACACACACUCCUGGCAUUGUAACAUGCAUUCUGUACACAGCCAUACGACAGCUCAGACGAUUGGCAUUCUUACCAACGGUCACCUUUUUAAUCCAGCCAAGGGGCCAGCUGUCCAUCAUGGAAGACAUUUAGGGGAGAAAUUUGUGCCUUAGUUACACUGAGCCAUUCACAGAUGGAAGUGUUAUUUUUAAUUGAAGAUUUCAUUAAGCAGUCCUUUAAGUGUGGAUUGUGCAUUAGCCAGAAACUGACAUCACUCUAACAGAAACAUAAGUGCUUUGAAGCCCGAAUCCCUGGUCAAUAAAAUGCCUGAAAAUAAACAUGUUGCCUAGAUUUUCCAUAAUCCGGAGUUAUAUUGCUAAGUGUUAAUGUGUUCUGUGCAUCCUGAUCCCAUGCUAUUAAAUCUAAUGUAAAUAGUGUCGCAACAUCAUAAUGCAAUUCUGUCAUUUAACUCCUUGUUGUGUGUUUUGUAUUUUUAAUAAACAUUUUUGUAUGUGCCUUAA